AUGGGAGCUUUGGAAGAGGGGAUGGAAACCCAUAAAAGUAUAAUCAAAAGUGGAUUUUUGUCAGACGUCGUAAUUGCAAAUACCCUGACAGAAAUGUAUGCAAAAUGUCGAAGCAUACACAAAUCUCGUCAACUAUUUCACAACAUGCCUCAAGAUGUGGUUUCAUGUAGUACAACGAUUGCAGGAUAUGCACAAAACGGGUUUGUUCUAGAAGCUUUAGAAACUUUUAAGCAAAUCCAAUUGGCAGAUGUUAACCCAAACUCUACAACCUUUGCCAGCAUCCUCCCAGUCUGUGCCAAAAAUGGAGAUUUGGAACAGGAUGUUGUACUUGUGAGUUCUCUGGUAGACAUGUACACAAAAUGUGGAAGUUUAGAAAAGGCAAGUGAACUAUUUGACAAAAUGUCUCGACAAGAUGUGGUCUCAUGGAUUGCAAUUAUUUCAGGAUAUGCACAAAAUGGGCUUGUCGAAGAGGCCUUGGAAACUUUUAAGAAAAUGCAAUUGGCAGGCAUAAAACCAAACUGCACAACUUUUUUCAGCGUGUUUCAAAAUGGAAGCUUUGGAACAGAUGUUUGCAAUUGGUUUUCUACUAAUGUUUUUUAUCCUACUGAUGGGAUUAUCAAUUUUGUGGGUGUGGUUGGUACAAUUGCUGGGAGUAUCGGUGUUAUUGGUGCAGUUGGUGCUACUGACGCUACUGAUGGGAUUAUCGGUGUUGUUGAUGUUACUGAUGGAUUUGAUGAUACUGAUGGGAUUAUCAAUUUUGUUGGUGUAGUUGGUGUUGUUGGUGUUGCAAAUAUAAUCAAGGAUGGCCUCCUUGGAGUAGCUGACUGA